GAGUUCUAACACAAGUUUCUACUGAAAAGUCUUUUUUUUCUGCCCCUUUUAUUUUCAUCUCCCGGUCCUUUUUUAUGUUUUUGUACUCAUUUAGUAAUUCCAUUUGUUCAUAUCACCACCUCCUAACAUGUAAACGAUGCGAGAGACGCUCCCCCAUCCUUAAAUAACAGGAACACAAGAAAUUAUUAUAAAAAGCCUUCAUCUUUUUCUUAUUUGUACUCUCUUUCUUUUCUCCUUUAUAUACAUUUAAAUACUUAAAUUAAUGGAUCCAUCAAUAUCAAUUCACGACAACUCGUUCCAACCACCACUUCCAUUGACCAGAGAGAACUUGAUGAACUUUCAAGAUACAAUGGAACAAAAGGAAUCUGUUCCAAAUGAGAUAUUACAGAGAUAUUGUCACGAAAUCCAUCAAUGGAGACAGCCAGUAUACCGUGAGCGAUGUCAAUCCAGUCCCCCACAACCAGAUAUUGUUGUGGCUUCUCCUCGGGUCCUACCAUUUCCGUAUCACAACGAUUCCAUGUUUCUUCCGACAGCCGAACAAAUUCAAUAUCGCCAUCUACACUCAUCAACAGUAAGUUCAUCGACCUCUCGGGCCGAUUUGUCAAGCAUUCCACCCGAAUCUGAAUAUUUCAUUUCCCGACCCCAUUCUACCACCACUACAACAAACAUCCACAGCAACCACAGCUUAUCCUCGUUUCCUUGGGAAAGAAGAUCGUUACCGGCUCGACUAGAACACACAUUUAUUAUCUCUAAAAGUAACAACAAGCCUCGCUUCUUGCGUCGUUCUUCCUCUUUUGUCUCCAAUUCUACAUUAAACAAUACUGAAGAAGCAACAAAGAAACCUUGGUUAAAGCGUGUCUUGAAAUUCUUUAACAAGAGCACGAGCCGAAAGAUGCAAAAAAGGGAGGAAGAUGAAAGUAUUGAUCAAGUCUGGUAUUGUCAAUACUCUAAAAAUCCUUCAACACGUUUUGAGAAAUAUUAUCAACAACAACAGCAAGUAAUUUCUGUAUCAUAAACAAUAACAAACACAAAAUAUACAUAUAAUUCUUUCAUUCAUUACCUAGCAUAAUCAUCAUUUCUUUAUCAUCACUCAUAUAUGAAACCCUUCCCCUUCUUUUAUUUGCACAUACAUCCCUUUUCUCUCUUAAUUGUACAAAUAUCUUUUUUUUUUUUUUU